AUGUUUUUAUCGCGAAGUAUACCUCAGGCUUUCAGCUUACGCUAUACUACAAGGUAUGGGAAGCUCAUACUACGUCCUGGUAGACGAUUUGUGUCAAGCGAAAUUCAACAGAAGGACGAACAAGCCGGGGAAUCUAACACAGCUACUGAUACUGGUAUAAUCCACAAGACUGAACAAGAGACAUUAAUAUAUUUCGAUAAUGUUUAUCCUAGGGCAAUGUCUUUGUGGAGUCCGACACAAUGGUACAAUUUGUUGAUGUCUAAUCAGACGAGGAACGCUGUUCGUGCCAAAAUAUUCAAGUUUGCUAACCCUCCCGACAAUCCAAUACACAAUUUAGAACUACGGUCCACUAUUCCUAUCAAAAGAGAUGGAGGUGUUUUUGCUACUUUCCUUGUGCCUCCAAACUAUACUACGGCUGAGGUCAAUGCGAUGAUCCAAAAGAAUACUCAACAAGAAUCUUCAAAAUCGUGGUUCUCGUUCUUCACCGAGGUUACUGCUUUCCCUGUUAAGGGGUCUCCUUGGAUUGAAGACUUGAGAAGGCUUCCAAGCAAUCAAAUUCGUGUGAAAUUUGAAGGAGGUUUCUUGACAGAAGAAGAAGUUUAUGCGCUAUUUAGGAGAUACGGGACAAUUAUUAAUAUUUAUCCAAAUCCUAAAGAAAUGACAUACCUUAUCAGUUACAGAUCAUUUAGAGGAGCAAUUUGUGCUAAGAACUGUGUUUCAGGAAUGGAAGUCCAUAAUAGUAUUAUUCACGUGCAAUACGAACAGCUGACCCAAGGACAUGUCAUCAGCGACUUUUUCGUUAAUCACACAAGGAUAGCAGUGCCCUUGCUACUUGCUUUAUUGUCCAUCCUUGCAGUCAUCGUUUUCGAUCCAAUCAGAGAGUUUACUAUUGAACAAAAGAUCACACAUAAGUACUCACUUUCUUGGGACAAUUACUUCCUAAAGAAGAUUCUAUCUGUAACGUCAUCCACAAUGUCUUCAGUUAAGGAAUACUGGGGUAUCACAGAUAGACACGUACAGAAGAGACAAUUAUGGGAAGAACGUCAGGAGAAGGUUGCCGACCUAAAAUUAUGGCUACAGGAGAAUAACAAUACGUUUGUUGUGUUGAGAGGUCCUAGAGGUUCUGGUAAACAUGAGUUGGUAAUGCAACAUACACUACAUGAUCGACCAAAUGUUCUAUAUUUGGACUGUGAUAAAUUAAUUAAGUCCAGAACUGACGCGAAGUUUUUAAGAAACGCGGCCAGUCAACUUGGGUAUUUCCCAAUAUUUCCCUGGGUCAACUCUGUCACUAACCUACUGGAUUUGGCAGUGCAGGGUCUGACUGGUCAAAAGUCAGGUCUUUCUGAAUCUAAGGAGUUGCAAUUCAGAAAUAUGUUGUCCACUGCUAUGAUGUCAAUCAGGCACAUCGCAUUGAAGGGAUACAAGCCUGUUAUCGGAAGUGGAGACAGUAUUAUUAAUGUGAAAGAAGAAGAUUACUUACAACAACAUCCUGAAAAGAAACCUGUAAUAGUUAUCGACCGUUUCAACAACAGAGCAGAAAUGAAUGGCUUUGUCUAUAAAGAAUUGAGUGAUUGGGCAGCCAUGCUGGUGCAGAUGAAUUUAGCCCAUGUUAUCUUUUUGACUGAAACUGUAUCUCCGAACCAACUACUAGCAGAAUCACUACCUAAUCAAGUUUUCAAAAUGAUGACUCUUUCUGAUGCCUCCAAGAAAAGCGCCAGACGUUAUGUGUUAGCGCAGUUGCAAGAAACUACUGAAGAUGACGAUGAUAUCGAUACUUCGAAACCCCUGGAUCUAAAUGAAAAGUUUGUUCAUGAAAUUGAUGACUCUUUGGAUCCAAUUGGUGGUAGGAUGUUAGAUUUACAAGCUUUUGUUAGAAGAGUUAAAUCUGGUGAACAACCGAAGGAAGCUUUAGAAAAAAUGGUUGAACAAGCAUCUGAGCAAAUUACUCAGAUCUUCUUGAGUGGCUCUGCUGACCCAUUGAGAGGUGCACAGGCUUGGGAGUUGAUUGAAUUGCUAAGUGCCAAUGGAUCAAUUCGCUUUAGAGAUAUCAUCUAUCGUCCGUUAUUCAAAGCUGCGCCAGAAGCGGCCCUUUUGGAUUUAGAAAAGAACGGUUUUGUCACUAUGACCAGAGAUAGAGGGGUCUUAACAGAUAUAUACCCUGCGAAACCGUUGUUCUGUGCUGCGUUCCAAUAUUUACUAAACAACAAAGAGAUGUACAAUGUUCUAAGAACAUCAUACUUAUUGAGAAUGGUUACCUUUGAGACGGGAAGAAUUAAAAAAUGGGAAGAGGAAUUAAGAGCAUUGGGUAAAGUAAGUGAUCAGAAAAUGUUCAGAAGCAGAUUAGCAUAUUUGGCAGGUAAAAUCGAUGCCAGUAGUGCUGCUAUCGAUGACUGUGAAUCUGAAGUUAAAGAACUAUCAAAAAAGUAA